AUGCCCGUCGGAGGAAGGAAUAACCGUCGCGAUGUUAAACAUCUUUCAAAGAAUCGUUUCUCAAAAUUGGACUCGGACAUUGUUAGCUCAUAUGUAGAUGAUGAAGAAGAAGAAAGGCCGCGGAGGCCAGCAGGCACUGUAAGUCGUGUCAUCAAUAUGUUGGCUGGACGUGUCAUGCAUGGUCAAGGUGGCAGUCGUCGCGGCAAAAAGGAUGAGCAGGCGUUACGGAGCGCCGGAGGUGUUUCUCGCCACGCCGAGAUGGUCUACAAAAUAAGAAUCCCGUUUGGUCGGAAGUUCACCGUACCAUGGAUAAUGAAACAACUACAUCAGCAAAUUGAAGACAUCAAGCCACUUCUAGUUACUGUCACACCACGAGGCGACGUUGAAUUUUUCUUGAAGAGUGAAGAUUCCGCAGAAGCUUGCAGAGCUAUAUCACGUCGUAUUGUACACAGAGUAACUGGCGAUCGUAUGACUAUUGUUGUUGACAAAGUCGUAGCUCCAUGGACCCGAUUGAGUAAAGAAGAAACUACCGUAAUACAGAUGGUUGUCGACAGUCGUUAUAAUCAUGACACCCGGUCACUCGAUCUCAGCGAAUUUGCCCUAGAUCCAAAGUUCAAAGAACGUGAUUUACAUAUGAUGCUGAACAAGAACAAUGUCAUGCUAACAGUUGUUGACAGAAUUGAUGAGAGAUUCGGUUCCAUCACGGCACUCAGCUUACAGGGCAAUCGAUUAAGAUUUCUGGAUUACGCUGCCGUUUUGACGAGUGUUACUAAGUUCCUGAAAGUGUUAGAUUUGUCGAAUAACCAGAUUGACAAAAUUAGUGAGUUGGAGAAGCUGAAAGGCCUGCCUGUCGAGACGUUAUUCUUCGAGGGAAAUCCACUUGUCGAACAACUAACGACAGCUUCCGGCUACCUCAGCGCCGUUCAUCAAGUAUUCCCGAAAGUAUGUGUUUUGGACGGUGCUCCUGUGCAACCAGCAGCAGUUCAUGUGCAGUCACUAGAUGACGACGAAAUAACAACGGAACCUCCGUGUAGGCCGGGAUUCUACGGAAGCGAUGCCCUUCGAGUGUUGGUUGAACGCUUUCUCGUUGAGUACUUCAAGCUGUAUGAUGGCGAAGAUGGAGCGAUCACAAGGAAAAGUCUCGUGCAGGCUUACGAUGCGGAUAAUUCUUCGUUUACGGUAACAAUCGCAAAUCUUAAGGACGAAGGACCUAUGCGUUACCCUGACGAUGCGUGCUAUAAUCUAUACAUCCGUGCAUCUCAUAACGUUCUUUGUGAAGAUCGAUGGUCGCGAAAUCGUGGCAGUCGAACAUACCGAGGAGCGAUGGAUAUUGCUGUGGCCCUUUCCAAGUUACCCAUCACAAAUCACUACACUGAAUCCUUCAUCGUGGAUACGCAUUUGAUAUCUGAGGAACUACUGGCGUUCUCAGUCCAGGGACUAUUCGAAGAUGGAAAGUUUGCGAAGCCCGGAGAAGUACCCCAACUAAACUACUUCACGCGAUCAUUCGUGGUAUCUCCUCGUGAGAAUGAAUCUAUAGCUGUAAUAUCCGACAUGCUAUUUGUCAGUGGAAUCACUUCGUCACGAAUGGCGCGUUAUAAAUUAAUGUUGAACAAGGCGGCAUCAGCGGGACCUGCACCUCCUCUUCCACCUCCCCAAGCCAACCCAGUCGUUCAAGCAGCUGAGUCAAUAAGUGGCCUACAGAUGUCUGGUCAUCCGUCACCGGAGAUUAAACGACAAAUGAUAGAACAAUUUUGCAAAGACAGCGGAAUGAUACCAUCCUUUUCGGAGAAGUGUUUGAUAGAAUACGACUGGAACUAUGAGGCCGCUGGACAAGGUUUCCUAAGUAUGAAGGACAAAAUCCCAAAAGAAGCUUUUGCAUCCGUUUGA